AUGGGCAAGUUGAAGUCCGGUUCAAUACUGUUAGACGGAAACAAAGAGGUUUACAGACGCGGGGAUACUGUGAAGGGUACUGUGGUACUGGAGGUUACAGAGGCACUGACAGUCAAGUCGGUUAGGGUCUGUCUUUUCGGGCAAACGUUGGUGAAAUGGGACGAGUUUAAUGGCAAAACAACAAAAGAUUACAUCAGCAAGGAGAACUAUCUUGGGCACGUGGUCACAGUGUUUGGAAAACGAGCGGAUGAAACUGGACCAAACGUCACUCUAACGGCUGGAAAUCAUCGGCUUCGAUUUAUAUUUGUGCUACCUAAAGAGGGAAAUUUCCCGUCAUCCUUUGAGGGCGAAUAUGGCGCUAUUAGAUUUUGGUUGAAAAUGGAGGUUGCCAAACCGUUUCCGGGAAUCAACAAGACGUGGUACCGGUGUAUCACCUACCUCAGCGACAUCAACAUCAACCAAAUGAUGUAUAAAUCGCCUAAAAGCGGACGGAGUGCUAAGACAAUAUCUAAAUUCCUGGGAUUCGGUGACGCCGGAACCCUGACCCUGGCGGCUUCCACAGACAGGGGGGCGUACUGUCCGGGAGAAAAGAUCGCCCUUAGUGUUAUAGUGAAAAACAACUCGUCCAAAGACCUAGGGAGAUUGAACGCUCACUUCAUACAAACAGUGCAGUAUCUAGCAAACAACGACACGAAAGAACGGACGUCAAUUUUUAGGGCCAUUGGAGGAGAACCGGUAGAAAAGGGUGGAGAACAGAAGUGGCUGAACAAACAUAUACAGGUAGACGCAAUUCCACCAACGACGAAACCGAGUACUUGCCACGUGAUUCUCGUCAAGUAUCACAUUAAGAUUUUUGUUGAAGUUCCUUGGGGUUUUAACCUGGAAGUCUGGCUACCCAUAACAAUAGGAACAAUACCGUUAGGCCAUUCGACACGUUCGACCCAAGGAGCUACUGCGAGUUCAUUUGAGACCGACGCGUCGUCAGCAAUAACAUACAGCAAGUGCAAUAAAGGUGUCCAAAGAUGCUCAAAGAGUGAAGGAAAUUUCGUGAACAUUUCGUACGUCCCGAUGUGUCCCUACGUUGUGAACUAUGUGUUUAAACCACCGUCCGCACGACCAGCCAAUCAGCGUGUGGCACAGGGUGCACGACCCAGGACAACCGACCAACCAACAGCGAAUACAGCUUCUGUAUUUUCAGAAAAAGCCACCAUUGUUGCAACACCCCCGGCUCGUGAACCCACUGCGCCGCCUAGUGAAGAACCACCGUCCUACGAGGAAGUUCUAAGGAUGGAUAACCCAGACCCUGACGAAAUUGGCAAAACGGGACAAAAAAAACCCGAUGCAUGAAUAACUUGAAACAGUAAGCACGUGUCUGUUCCAGACUGAAGAGUUGUCUACCUUUCUAAUGAUAGAAUCAACCAAUGACAAAGACUCGGAUACGGACGCAAAAAAAGGAGGUCAAUCAUAGGCGUACAGGCUCCUAUUUUUGCAGACUGGCUUUUUCGCGCAUUAAACGAAACUGCCGGAAUCUGGAUAACGACAUUUAUUCAUAUUAGCAUUACUACCAAACAACUAUAUAAGUUGCAAACGAAUUAUUAUGCAUUUUUAUAGGGAAUAC